AUGGGCUUUGACGAAACAUGUUUGAAACCGGUCUCUUACCCGGUUACCGGCUUCAGAGGAGCAUCUGUUGUCCCAGAAGGGACGGUAAAUCUGGCGGUCAAAAUAGGAGAGGUGUCCCGGUCCAUAGACCUCAUGGUGGAGUUUCUGGUUGUAGACGUCCCAGCGGCGUAUAACGCCAUCAUUGGAAGGCCGCUAAUUCAUGACGCCCAGGCUGUUGUGUCAACGUAUCACCCUACCAUGAUAUACACCUCCAAUGACGGCAACCCCGAGAAAAUCAGAGCAAAUCAAGAGUCGGCAAGGGCAUGCUACCUUACCGCGCUGAAACACUCUGACCAUAAACGGCCAGCCGACACACCACCUUCAGAAAGAAAGCGGAGAAGGCUGGAAAAUAAAGCCAAGAAGGAUCUGUCCAUGGAGAAUUUCGAGGCAAGCCGGCAGAUCAGCCGAGACCUUGUCCUGCGGGGGAAACUGAAGAAAUCAGUCUAG